AUGUCUACUGCACACGGAACUUCAACGCACUGGGCCAAGACUGACCCGUCCGUCCCUCCCCCGAGUUACAAUGCAGCGAUGGGUGGACUCCCUUCGUUGCGGUCCUCCAGCCCUCUUGAUGCCUCUAGCCAGCAUCGAUCUGACGACUUCUCCGAGAAGAAACAACGAGAGCGCGAACUUGAGCUCGACCCCCGUCGUGCCUGUCCGACUACCAUCAAGCAAGUCGAUCCCACGUAUCGCUCGUACUCGCCUUCCGCAACUAUGUCUCUUGACCCCAAGACAGCGCUCGCGAGAUUCGGGAGCCCCUUUGCAACGUCUCCUGAAUGGUCACCCCUCCCUCAGGAUGCUUGCCUCACUCGAUUGCCUUCUUUAGAUUUGGAUCUGCGAAUCAAGAUGCGCUUCUCCAGUCCUUCCAACGAGCAGCGCAUCUCUGCUCCGCCGCCAAGUUUUCAUCGACGCGCCAUCCCCUCCAUUUCGUCCGAUGCGAUGCAGUUUGAGCCGGUCUACAUCAAGAGCGCCAACAACAAAGAGACCAAGAAGCAGAUCCUCUCGGAUGGUUUCCAGCCCGUAUAUCCGGGCCGCCUCUUGGUGCCACGCGACGUUUCCGCAGCAGACUGGGCUCGUUUCUUGGACGACAUUGUUGCUGCGGGAGCGCUCACAGGCAAGCAGAAGAUUGUCUCCAAUGUCGCGCCCAUCACCAUGCACAUUGGUAUCACCGGCUUCCUCGUGACGCGUGCUAUCCAGAAGGGCAUGAAGAAGCGCAAGUCACCCUUGAUCUGCGAGACAAUCGAGAACUGGCAGCACCAAUUCUUUGGCGCUCGCAGCCUCGAUGUCUAUGUGCUCUACAAUGGCGAGCGUCUCACCGCCCGCUCGCCCAACGGCCCCAUCCCUGCAUCUGCGUAUCCGGCGCAUCCCCAGCUCCAGCGUCAGGAUAGCCACGCUUCUUCGGUCAGCUCGCUCUCGAGCAACAGCAGCUCCAGCAGCGAUUCAUCAGACGAUGGGGACCGUGCUGCGCUCCAGACGCUCGACGGCCGACGCCUCGGCCGGAAGGAGAGGAAGCUGCUCAGAAAGCAGAGGAAAGCCGAGCGCAAACAAGAGCGCAAGCUCGCCAAGAGCGAACGCAAGCACAGGCGCAAUGAGAAGAGGCAUGGAUGCUCGCCUUGCUCUCCACUUGCUAGCCAGUCCCCCAGCGGAUCGAGGCCCAGGCAGGACGGCGCUAGAGGAGGCUACCUGCUCGUCAUUGCUCCGCUCUCAGCCUCCACAGCCAGUGUCGCAGAAGAUGCCGCUUUCUUCAUGUGUCGCCGCAUCGGCUAUAGAGAAGAGCGGCAAUUGCCGUCCGGCUAUCUACGUGAGAUCUAUGUGGGCGGUCUCAGCGGCGUCAAGCCCCAGACCACCGACUUGAAGCAGCUCGAGCAGCACGCCAAGGCCAAGAUCAAGCCCGAAGCGUACGCCUACGUUGCUGGUAGCGCCUCGACCGAAGCGACUGCCCAGAACAACCUCGAUGCCUUCAAGAAGUGGCACAUUGUCCCAUCUAUGCUGCGCGAUGUGUCGCUGGCAGAGUUCGACAGUAGCACGCGGCUGUUCGGCCGCAAGUACGCCACGCCGCUCGUCAUCGCUCCCAUCGGCGUGCAGGCGCAGCUCCAUCCCGAGGACGCCGACUGCGCUACCGCAUGUGCAGCAGCCGAGCUCGAGAUCCCCUUCACUCUGUCUUCAGCUACCAGCCGCCCGCUCGAGCAGGUUUACGAGCAGGCCGGCUUCCGUACCGACCCCGAGGAGGAGGACGACGGCGGCGUCGACGCCUGGUUCCAGCUCUACUGGCCACAGGACGACGAGCUUACAGAGAGCCUCCUCGCCAGAGCAAAGAAGGCUGGCUACCGCGUGCUCGUCGUUACUCUCGACACGUGGAGCCUCGGCUGGAGACCUCGCGACCUCGACACCACAUAUAACCCCUUCCUGACGGGUGAAGGAGUGGCCAAUGUCUUCUCGGACCCGGUCUUCGUCCGCAAGUAUUGCGAUGGAAAGGAUCCGCGCCGCGCAGAUGUGACGCCGGACGAGAUCACCUCUGCAUCGGUUGCAGCGAUCUCGCAGCUUUCGCCGGGCAUUUCGCGAUCGUGGGCGGACCUGGCGCAGCUUCGACGUCUGUGGGGUUCGGCUCCCAUCGUGCUCAAGGGCAUCCAGACGCUGGCAGAUGCUGCUCGUGCCGUUGAAGCGGGCAUGGACGGUGUGUGGGUCUCGAACCAUGGUGGGCGUCAGGUCGAUGGCGCCGUAGGCUCGCUCACCCAGCUGCCCGCGAUUGCCGACUACAUUCGCUCCCUCCCACUCAAGGAGGGCGAGGAGAAGAAGACGGUCAUCUUUGACUCGGGCAUCCGCUCGGGCGCUGACAUCAUGAAGGCUCUCUCCCUAGGCGCAGAUGGCGUCGCCAUCGGUAGGCCCUGGUGCUGGGGUCUCGCAGCGAACGGACAGGAUGGCGUGCGCGAUGUGCUCAAGACGCUGCUCGCCGAUUUGGAACUCAACGCCGGCCUCGCCGGAUUCCAAUCUACGGCCCAGCUCUCCAAACACAAUCUCGUUCGCGCCGACAGCCGCAUGUAA